AUGGUUGAACCAUCGUGUUACACCGAAGCGGCCAAGCAUCUUCAAUGGAGGCAUGCUAUGAAUCAGGAAUUUGAUGCAUUACUCAGAAAUGGUACCUGGAUUCUUGUACCCCCCACUGAUGCUCGAAAUGUAAUUAGGUCAAAAUGGGUCUAUCGGAUUAAAAGGAAAGCAAAUGGCGAUGUGGAACGCUACAAGGCAAGUCUAGUAGCCAAGGGCUAUCUUCAACAAGCUAGAGUUGAUUUCUCAAAAACUUACAGUCCAGUGAUUAAACCCACCACAGUAAGAACAAUUCUAUCUAUUGCUAUAAUUUCUUCAAGUUGGGAAAUUAGACAAAUUGAUGUGCAUAAUGCCUUCUUACACGGCACAUUGACAGAGGAGGUUUUCAUGACCCAAUCUCAGGGUGGAGAUUUCAGUGACCCCACACUUUUUCGUAGCACAGUUGGUGCUUUCCAGUACUUGUCAGUCACUAGGCCAGACAUAGCAUUCACCGAAGCAGAGGCGAAAGCUAAGAACAUGGAGGAAGAAAUUGGUAGAUUGGAGAAGAAGUUGGAAGAGAGGAAUGUGAAGCCUUAG